UUAAAAUUUAGUUACCAUCGAUAUAGAGGUAUAAGAAGUGUUAGUCCUUUGCCUACAACAGCUCACUCCUUGCCGCCCAAACACACUCUCUCUCUCUCUCUCUGGCGCUUGCGUGCUCAGCUCGAAUCUGGCUUCAAUGGAGGUCGAUAAGCAAUUGUCACCUGAUGAGUUGGAUAAGGAGUGCUCAAUUCUACUUGAGCUAGAUGAAAAUGACCCUCUUUUUGAUAAAAAGAAGAAACUGCUACAAGAUAACGGAUUUAAAACUAAGGAACAAGUAUGCAUAAAAAGGUCAUCAGAUCCUAAUUGGCUCAGUACCUCCUUGAAAGUAAUGCUUCAAAUAGCACGGAUCAUAAAACUUGAUGAGGUAGAGCUUUAUUUUGGGGGAGAAGAACAGUUGGACUCCUAUAGUCCCAGAAAUGAGCUUGAGGCCCUCAAUUCUAUUCUUCAGCUUGUGGAAAGUUCACUCUCCGAUGCAUGUGAAAUAACAAAGAAUGUCCUGCAAGACUUGCGCAAUCUUACCAUUGAUAAGAUUUGUCAGUUUGCUGAAGAAAACAGUUUGAAGACUACAAUUGUAGAAGGCCAGAACUCUGAUAAAGAAAAGCAAUUGCUGCAAUGGGGUGAAAACAACGGUGUCAAGACAAGGUUGCAGAUAGCUUAUGUCGAAGGGGCUGGUAGAGGAGCUAUAGCUAGAGAAGAUCUAAAAGUUGGAGACACUGCUUUGGAGAUCCCGGCAUCCUUAAUAAUUUCUGAGGAGCUUGUCCAGAAAACUGAUAUGUAUCAUGUAUUAGAGAAGUUGGAAGACACUUCCUCUGAGACUAUGUUAUUGUUGUGGAGCAUGAAGGAGAGGCACAAUACUGAUUCACAAUACAAGAUCUACUUCGAUACACUGCCAGAGGAUUUUCAUACUGGAUUGAGUUUUGGAAUUUCGGCAGUGAUGUCUUUGUAUGGAACCUUGCUGUUGGAUGAGAUAAUGCAAGCAAAAGAGCAUUUGCGUGCUCAAUAUGAUAAGCUUUUCCCUGCACUGUGCAAUGAGCAUCCUGAUAUCUUUCCCCCAGAGCUUUACACGUGGGAGCAAUUCUUGUGGGCGUGUGAAUUGUGGUACUCAAAUAGCAUGAAAAUCAUGUUUGCUGAUGGAAAAUUAAGGACGUGCUUGAUUCCUAUUGCUGGCUUUUUGAACCAUUCGAUAUACCCACAUGUAGUGAAUUAUGGCAGAGUAGAUUCUGCAACAAAUACCAUAAAAUUCCAUCUGUCAAGACCUUGCAGUGCUGGACAAGAAUGUUGCCUUAGUUAUGGAAACCUCUCUACUUCUCAUCUAGUUACCUUUUAUGGCUUCUUACCACAAGGAUACAACCCUUAUGAUGUCAUUCCACUAGAUAUUGGUGGUGCCGAUGACGAUUCUACUGAAGGCAGCUCCACAUCUGAAUGGACAACUCACAUGGUGCGAGGUACUUGGUUCUCAAAGAACUGGAAUAUUUUCUAUUAUGGCCUGCCCUCCCCGUUUUUGGACUGCCUAAGGAGAGCUCGGAAUCCCAUGCUGCUGACUAAGACCCUUCUGCCAGAAAACUUGGAGAAUGAAAUUGAAAUCCUCGAAGAUCUUCUUGCAAUCUUCAAUGACAUGAUGGAUAGCCUUGGUGACGCAGACCUCGAUGACAGAAAAAACACUAGUUGGGAUGUAAAGCUGGCAGUGGACUUCAAAUUUCUACAAAGAGGUAUUGUCUCUUCGAUUUUAACGUCCUGCCAUAAAGGUCUCGAUUUGGUGAAACACGAACUGUCUAAAAUGCAUGGCUGAGGGUGUCUUGGCUGGAGCAGAGGUUCAACGAAAAUAUACGUUAAGCAUUUUAGUGUAGAACCCCUGAUCUUUUAGAGGGCACAAUUCUGAUUCUUGUGGAAUGUGGAGUAUAUGCCAAACUAGUGAUCACCACAAGGUUAAUCUACCUGAAAAUGUCUCUUUGUUUCUCCUUCUUGUAUGUUGCAAGCCGCAUAAGCAUAGAAUAGUUCCUUGGUGAUGAUACAUUGGAUUCCUAAAGCGACUUAUGCUGCCUUUUCUUUUAUAAUAUCUAAGUCUACAUAUUGCAUUUUUCGAAUGGCCAUUCAAAACGAAAGGCAUGCCCUUUGCCUCUCAACGUGGUCUUCCUAGUGAA